AUGAACAAAAUUCGCGGCGCCUUUGCGGUGCCUCGGAAAGGAGAGACGUUUGAAUUGCGAGCUGGCCUUGUUUCCCAGUAUGCUUACGAACGGAAAGAGUCUAUCCAGAAGACAAUCAUGGCCAUGACUCUCGGCAAGGACGUCUCUGCUCUCUUCCCCGAUGUCCUGAAGAAUAUUGCAACUGCCGAUCUGGAGCAGAAGAAGCUGGUCUACCUUUACCUCAUGAACUACGCCAAGUCACACCCCGAUCUCUGCAUUCUCGCUGUCAACACAUUCGUCCAGGACUCGGAGGACCCUAACCCCCUGGUUCGCGCACUCGCCAUUCGUACCAUGGGUUGUAUCCGUGUGGAGAAGAUGGUGGACUACAUGGAGGAACCGCUGCGCAAGACCCUUCGCGACGAGUCGCCGUAUGUCCGUAAAACUGCCGCCAUUUGCGUUGCCAAGCUCUUUGACCUCAACCCCAACUUGUGUCUCGAAAAUGGAUUUUUGGAGAUGCUGCAGGAGAUGAUCGGUGACCCCAACCCGAUGGUGGUGGCCAACUCGGUGACCGCACUUGCGGAAAUCCACCACUCGGCGACUGAACUUGGAGCUCUUCAAGUUACAGCUAAUACACUACGAAAGAUGCUUAUGGCAUUGAACGAAUGCACAGAAUGGGGUCGUGUGACCAUUCUCUCGACACUAGCUGAGUACCGGGCGCUCGAUGUAAAAGAGUCGGAACACAUUUGUGAGCGAGUUGCCCCCCAAUUCCAGCAUGUGAACUCCAGUGUAGUUCUUGCGGCAGUCAAGGUUGUUUUCUUGCACAUGAAGUAUGUCGGCCCAGAGUUGGCGAAGACAUAUCUCAAAAAGAUGGCACCUCCUCUAGUGACAUUGGUAUCUUCUCAAUACGAAGUCCAAUAUGUGGCUUUGAGAAACAUUGAUCUUUUGCUGCAGAAGCAGCCUGAUAUUCUAAACAAGGAGCUGCGCGUCUUCUUCUGCAAAUACAACGAUCCACCAUACGUUAAAUUCCAAAAGUUGGAGAUUAUGGUACGGAUAGCCAAUGAUCGCAACGUGGACCAACUCUUGGCCGAAUUGAAAGAAUACGCCAUGGAGGUUGACAUGGACUUUGUGCGGCGCGCCGUCAAGGCGAUUGGCCAGGUUGCCAUUAAGAUUGAAAGCGCCAGUGAGAAGUGCGUGAACACGCUUUUGGAUUUAAUCAACUUGAAGGUGAAUUAUGUUGUCCAGGAGGCCAUUGUCGUCAUCCGGGAUAUCUUCCGAAAGUACCCUGGUUAUGAGGGCAUCAUUCCGACUCUGUGCCAGUGCAUUGACGAAUUGGAUGAGCCCAAUGCCCGCGCAGCCUUGAUCUGGAUUGUCGGACAAUAUGCCGAGAAGAUCAGCAACGCAGGUGAUAUUCUUGGUGGCUUUGUGGAUGGAUUCAACGAGGAGUUCUCUCAGACUCAGCUACAAAUUCUUACAGCUGUAGUUAAGCUCUUCCUUAAGCGACCUGAGAAGGCUCAAGGCCUGGUACAGCGUGUUCUCCAGGCCGCGACCGCCGAGAAUGACAACCCGGAUGUCCGUGACAGAGCCUACAUCUACUGGCGUCUUCUGUCCAACACCAGCGACCAGAACGCUACCAAGGAUAUCGUUCUCUCCGAUAAGCCCCCUAUUGUCACAACCAUCCACUCCUUACCGCCAGCCCUUCUGGACCAACUCCUCCAGGAGCUUUCUACCCUAUCAUCCGUAUACCACAAGCCCCCAGAGCAGUUUAUUGGACAAGGCCGCUUCGGUGCGGAUGCCGUUCAACGCGCCGCUAUCGAGGAACAACUCCAGAAUGCCCGCGAGAACCCACUGGCUGCCGCUGCCGCUGCAGCAGUCAGCGGCACUACCCCCUCUGCGCAAGCGCAAAACAACGUCGAGAACUUGCUGGACAUCGAUUUCGACGGCGGUGCCCCGGCAUCCGCGCAGAAUAACGAAGCUGGUGGUAUGUCCGGCUUGGAGGGUCUCGCUGGUACUCCGGUCCGGGUGCAGUCACCUGCCGUUGGCGCACCUGCUUCGGCCCCCGCCCCCUCAGGUAGCAAUAACUUGGAUGACUUGUUAGGAGUGUUUGGAGAUUCUGGAGCAGCCCAGCCCUCGUUCAGUGGUGCGAACGGCGGGGGUGCUGCUGGUGAUUUGAUGAAUGGGUUCUCUGGCCUCGACCUGUCCGGCAAUACCUCCCCAGCGAAUGACAACCAGUCCAAGAAGACUAACGAGGACAUUUUGUCUCUCUUCUAG